AUGAAUGACUUUGAAGAAGCCCUAUUUUCAUGCAACAAGACUCCUGGAUUAUUCUGCGCUCUUGUACUGUUUUCAUGUGUGGGAAGUCCUUGCUGUGUCCAAGGUCGACUAGUGUCAAGAGUUUGUAAAUCAAAUUUCGCUCUGCAUUGCUUUCUCCCAUGUGGAUUAGGGUGUAUUGGUGCAAAUUAAAUUUGAUGAGCGAAAGUUCUUAGAAUUCAAUAUAAAUAUUAUGACAUUUAUAAAAAAAAAAAUCUAUUGGUGCCGCUUAUAAUAGAGGGAGGCUAACUUUACUUUAUGAGUUAGCAAGCUUUUACAUUUUUAUUAUUUGAAAAUCUCUAAUAUAAUUAAAAUAUUUAUGUUUUAAAAAUAUUGCUAUAUGAAAAUAAAUAGACUGCUCUAAAAUAAUCUAUAUUGAAAAAUUAUAGACAAAAUUUUUAUGUAAAAAUUAUUUUUGCUUUCUUAAGGAGAAGUAAGAGAAAAAUAUUCUAUGAGGACCGCAUAUCUAUCCGACUGCUUUGUUCAUCUUUGUUGUACAAUCUGUGCCGUAAAUCAAGAAUUCCUUGAAGUACACAGGAGGCAAGGAUCAUCAAUAUUAGAUGGAAGGCCAUCGUUCAGGCCAAAGAAGUAUUCAUUCACACCAGAAGCGCCGAUAUUUCAGGGUGUAUAUUAA